GCACGAUGUCUCCUAACACAUCCUUCGUUUGGAAGAAAUAUUGUCGUCGACAUUAAAAUAUGUUGAUGUGGGUAUGCAAUCGAAUAAAAAUUCACGUCUCGACGUCAAUUGGCCCCUCACCGCGUGUGUGCAAUGGCCCGGCGAGAGAGGCCAAACUCGCUAUCUUAGUUCCGCUGCGAAAAUGCCGCCGGCGAACGCGCUCCAUGGGUCGACCCACCACCAUGCCGCCGCGGUGGAGUCCUCAUCGGAGUACUCGCGCCACAGCCAACACCUCGAGGAUAGCCAACACCAGCCCGAAGAGUACGAGAUCGACCACCAACUCGUGGCACGGUACGAGCGCCUCAACCACGAGCUCGAGCAAAUGUCGCGACUCCAGCGAAGUCGCCAUCGCAACCACAGUUGGGACCGCGUUGACAGCACCCGCGGUUUGUCCCGCACGAUGAGCGGCAUCUUUAGUUCGCGUGGGAACAACAGCACGCGCGCGACAAGCGCCCGAGGGUCGACGCGCGGAUUGAGCUUUCGGUUGCUUCCAUCGACGACGCCGAGCGAACGCAGCGGGCCCCAUACUGUCCGUGGCGGUAUCUUCUCGAGCUCUCGUGGCGGCGGGCUCAGCACGCGCGCCGCCAAGGUCGACAUUCCAUCGCCGUACGAGGAAGAAUGGGUCGCUCUUUCCAAGGAGCUGGAAAAGGCGCGCAAGAUGUGCAUCGAGAAGCGUGCGGUGCAGUCGGAUCUCUUGGAAAAGAUCGAAAAGUACGAGACGUCUGCGAUUCGUCGCUUCUUCUCCGUGAACAAGGAGAAGCGCCUGGAAAAGCUCAAGGGCAAGCUGAGCAAGCAGCUUCAGGAAGCCGAGGCAGCCGAGGAGUCGCUGCUGAAGCUCGAGCGCCGCAGCAUGAGCAUGUCCGAGGUCGUGCAUCACUUCCCAACGUCGACAGGAGUCGCAUCGACGUCGCAUCCGUCCAACCGCGGAACGUCAUCCAAAAGCUUCCACGACCCUUCUCGCGUUCUCGGCCACAUCGACCCCCUUGACCAGGAGCUGCUCGAGCGGCAGGAACAGCUCGAGCAAGAAAAGCGGGACAUCCUGAACAACGUGUUCAACGCGUUCGUCGUUCCGGACGUGAACCGGCUGAAGGCGCACAUUGCGGUCGCCAUGUCGGAGCUCAAGGCUGGGGAAUCGGUCAAGAAGCAAGUCGAGGAAGUGUACGCCAUGUACCGCGCGGCGUUUGCACUGCUCCGCACGGCCCUCGCCUCCAUUGUUGGCAACGCGUACCAGCACAGCAUGAAGGAGUUCAUUCAGGGUCCGUACCCUCAAGCGAUCGAAGCCGGACGACUUGUCGAAGGCGCUGCGCUACUCAUUCAGCCAGAAGCAAAGCGGAAAUACCCGGAUUUUGCCCCGACUGUCACGGGCAUCCAGCUGCCAAAGUUCCCGACGUCCAUGAAGGACUUGGCGCGACCAGGCGCGCUCUUGACCAUGGAAGCAGGUGUGAUGGAAAGCGCAGACAUGGAACGACGACUGAAGCGUGCCGAGAGCGUUGUGGUCAAAAUGCAGCAGCUCGUGAACCGCAAUCUCGAGUGCCUUGAGCAGUGGCGAUCCCUCCUAGAGAAGGACCGUCAUCAAGCGGAAUCCACCGCUCGCUCCCUCGAGGCCCAACUCGAGAAGAAAAUGAACACGUUUGUCCACAGCAUGGCGGCGUAACCUACCUCGCCGUCCGUCCGUUCAUGGUCAGUCCGAUCGCCCUAUUAAUAAUGCCACACACUUGUCCCCGCCGGUACACGCUCUUGUGCUCUCCCGCAAAGGGAAGGAUCGCAGCGCGCUCUUCUCGCGUCAUGCGCUGUUGCCGG